CAAAGGACGAAACAAAAUUCUCGAACCCAAAACCCAAACCUCUCCCUCGAAGGUUCCACUUCACGUCGCCGGUUUCUUCCUCUCCCGCGGUGGUCAAGCCCGAGCGCGCGGCGGGGUUUCAGUUCGAUGGCCACUUCCGGCGAUCAAUCGGCUGGCGGCGGGUCUUCGGCGAGGGCGUCCAAGCUGCGGUACCCGCUGCGGUCCGCGAGCAGGGGGAAGGCGGCCGCGCCCCCGGCCGCGGAUGCGCCUUCCAUCGUCUCCGCUCCGAGAAGGGCAAAACAAUCUUCAGAUGUCAGCAAGAGCAUGUGUGUCCUUGACCUUUCUGUGAAGGAUAAAUCAACCAAACCUCCACGGAGGCACUCAAUACAAACUAAGCCAGGAGCUAGCCCGAGGCCAGCUCCUUCUGGAACUGUCACUCCUGUAUCUGGGCUUCGAUCAAGGAGAUCAGACAGCCAGGGGAGGUUUGAUACUCCAACAUCAGAAGUGUCCAUGUCCACUGCAAGGCGCAAGUUCAGCACACUGUCCUCAAUCUCAUACUGGAUGACACAGAUCAGGCUGGCAGAGGCUGCUUCCAAGCACUCGGUUUCUCUGGGCUUCUUUAAGCUUGCUCUUGAAUCAGAAUGCGAGCCCGUUGACCGGAUGAGGGAAGAACUCGAGUCCUACAUAGUCCGGCAUGGCCUGGCGACAGAGUUGGAGGACCCAGUGAAAGACAUUCUACAGGUAUAUGAUAUUGUGGAGGAUUUUGAGAAGCUGAAGAUCUCUGCAGACCCCUCACAGCAACAAAAAAAGUCUGACAAGGCUGUGCGUACAACCACCAAUGCGUCACCAAAUGGUAAUCUGAAGCCAAGGUCACUAAACGGUGAUGCAACUCAAAUUAAGGAAGCAGGAAAGAAGGAGAACAUUCAGAAGAUGAAGCCUGAUGCAAAGGUCAGAGGCUCUUAUAACAGGAACCCAGCCAAAAACACCACUGCAAAGGAAGUAGUUGCCAAAAACACCAGCAAGAAAACCAAGAAACAGGGCAAGUGUCAACAGGAAAUUUGCAAUGGAGAUAGUGAGGCAUUAGCUGCCCUCCCGGAUCAGGAAUCUGUUGAUGUGGUGAAGGAGACUACACAUGAAGACAAAGAGAACAUGGUAAAUAUGGGAGAUACUGAAAUGCCUAUGGAUGCUGGCCUAGCCCAAGAAAUCUAGAACAGCCGGACCGACUUCAGAUUCAAUCCUUUUUUAUCGCUGAAGAUGAAGUAUUAGUGUGUGGUGCUUGUUUUAGUUUCCAUUGUUAAUAUGUUUCUGGAGCUUGCCUGUGUGAUUGCGAAGCCGUAACAGGUCUUCAAGAGUGUAUUAUGCUUUAAUGGUUGAUUGAUUGCAUGUAUUCCUUUCUUAAGUUUCGACCUUUGCAUGUCCUAUUCGUGCAUCUGAAUAUAGUUGCAUUCUUUA